GCUCUGCAGCUUCUGUGGGGAGACACCGCCGCGGCGCGUCCGACGGCGCGCGCCCCCGACAGCUCGCACCCCCGAGCGCGCGUCUGCGACAGCGCUCGCCCGGCGCCGCCGCUCGUCCGUCCUCACGUCGCGAGCGAAGCGGGAGGCGGACGCCUCCCCCCCGCCCCCAGCGCCCCGCGAGAGGCCCCAGGAGCCCCUGAGGCGGGCGCGCGCUCGCCGGAAGCCGUGCCCCCGCCGCGGCCCACCGCCUGAGGCGCCGGAAGUGGUCGCGGCCGCGCGGCUUCCGGUCGGCUGGGCGCGCUCGGGCCGGGGCGGCGGGGGCGGCGGCGGACGGUCAGAAGGCCGGAGCCCAUGGCGGAGGGCGGCGGGCGGGCUGGACCCGGACCCGGGCCGGGGCCCGCAGGUCCUAAUCUGAAGGAGUGGCUGAGGGAGCAGUUUUGUGACCACCCGCUGGAGCGCUGUGAGGACACGAGGCUUCAUGACGCAGCCUACGUGGGGGACCUCCAGACCCUCCGGAGCCUGUUGCAGGAGGAGAGCUACCGGAGCCGCAUCAAUGAGAAGUCAGUGUGGUGCUGUGGCUGGCUCCCCUGUACGCCCCUGCGCAUCGCGGCCACCGCAGGCCAUGGGAACUGCGUGGACUUCCUGAUCCGGAAAGGGGCUGAGGUGGACCUAGUGGACGUGAAGGGACAGACGGCCCUGUACGUGGCCGUGGUGAACGGGCACCUGGAGAGCGCCCAGAUCCUCCUCGAAGCUGGCGCCGACCCCAAUGGAAGCCGGCACCACCGCAGCACCCCCGUCUACCAUGCCUCCCGAGUGGGCAGGGCGGACAUCCUGAAGGCCCUCAUCAGGUAUGGGGCUGAUGUCGAUGUCAACCACCACCUGACUCCUGAUGUCCAGCCCCCUUUCUCCCGGCGGCUCACCUCCUUGGUGGUCUGCCCCCUGUACAUCAGCGCAGCCUACCACAACCUCCAGUGCUUCAGGCUGCUCCUGCAGGCUGGGGCGAACCCGGACUUCAACUGCAACGGCCCUGUCAACACACAGGGCUUCUACAGGGGCUCCCCCGCCUGCGUCAUGGACGCUGUCCUGCGUCACGGCUGUGAGGCGGCCUUCGUUAGCCUGCUCGUGGAGUUUGGAGCCAAUCUGAACUUGGUGAAGUGGGAAUCCUUGGGCCCAGAGUCGAGAGGCAGAAGGAAGGUGGACCCUGAGGCACUACAGGUCUUUAAAGAGGCCAGAAGUGUCCCCAGGACCUUGCUGAAUCUGUGCCGUGUGGCCGUGAGAAGAGCGCUGGGCAAAUACCGACUACGUCUGAUUCCCUCGCUGCCUCUGCCGGACCCCAUAAAGAAGUUCCUCCUUUACGAGUAGGAGUGCCGAGCAGCGGCCGCUCGCAGUGAGGAGGCGACCCGCCGAGCAAGCUGACGCCGCCUGGCCCCUGUGACCGCGCCCUGUGCUGCUGACCGAACCCCAGCCGGCUGUGCUCGUGGGUUGUGUGUUCCGUCUCAGGUGCUCGGGGUGGCGGGCAGUCCUGGGCUCGGUGUCAGCCGAGGGGCUCAUGCAAAACCUAAUUUUGUUCUUCCUCAAUAUCUCUGUUUUGGAAAUUAAUGAAAUGGGCGUUGAAAUGUGAGCAAGAUCAGGCUGAGGUCGGAGGCCUGCUAACAUCCCCAGGAGGGAGAACUAGCACUUUCCAGAACUGUGCUUCUGUGUUUACCUCUCAGCUGGACAGCUUGAUGAAUGCUGAAUGAAAAGGAGUCUUGGUAUAAACGUGGAGUACAGAGACGCAGUUCCUGAACUUGCUAGUUGUUGUCCCUGCUCCUGAGGCAGGCGUGUGACGUUUGUCAUACACACACCCUUUCCUUGCCACUGCGGUGUUCUCCCCUUGUGGUGGGGGCGUCCUAUUAAUUGUCUUCGUUCAAGGAUGGUUUCCUGGCUGCAUGGGUUGGCUCUCCUGUCUCAAGGUCGAUACCUGCAUCUGUUCGCAGCCUCUUUAGGUAAUGCUCAGAGCCCUGCAGCGCUGCGCCUGUCUGACCCCUAACUGUGCCCAGCCUCGUGCCACCAGGUCUCGUGAAUCGUGAGUUCUCUGCCAUUUCACUUUGGGGAGCUUCCAGACAGCUGAUUGACUUCAGGAGGCCCACGCCGAACCAGCCAGUAAUUGCCUGCCUCCCUUCAGGCCAAGGGCCAUCCAACAGCGUUCACUGCCAGUCCUAGCAGAAGGCAAUGCCGCGGCGCCCUCCCCAGGCCCUGUGAGCACCACGGCGUGGGAACUUCAGUCACCUUCUGGGUGCUCCCAGGCUCCAGUUGCUCUGUAUUCAGUGGACGAAACAUCGGGUGUUUCGUUGCUUGCUCUUCACUGUUGUGGACCUAAUGUCUUGGUAGUUGCUCCUAGAACCGAAGGAAGGGGAUCGCAGUGAGGUCAGAGGUCUCCCCCCAGCCUCCUGGGGUGGUGGGAAGUGAGAGGAGGGAGUCGGCUUAUCAGCUGACAGCUGGGCUGUGGACGCGGCGGUGCAGGUGAGCGGGCGGCAGCCUCUCCAGAGCAUCCAGGUGCUGCUCUUUCCAGGGAAGUCACAUCUGGCCGUUGGAGGCCUCAGGACUGCUGAGUGGAUCCAUGGUGAUUCUGACCUUUGGAAGUUUGAGAAAAGGGCAGAUUUCAAGUCUGUGUUUGAAUUUUCUGCAACAAGAGAAACCUAAUCUGUAACAGUAGGGGUUUAUUUAGUUAUUAGCACCAUUACGUUUCUCCACCGGCCAGCCAGGCAGUAUCUGGUCAUCGUCUUGUGUGGCUUGAGGACAGGGUUCUGACCCCCACCUCCUGUGUCACGGAAGGCCGUGUGCUGGACAGCCAUACUGGCCCGUGGAUGCGUGGCUGAGGUCUGAGGGGAGAAAAGCCGUCAGUGACUCGGAGGGGACGAUGUAGCCACUGGACGCUUCACCUUGUUACGAGCCGUGGCUGAGGUGUACGUGUCGGAUGGCUUCUGAGGUCCGAGACUGGCGUGCGUGCUGCCCUUCAGGACGGGAGCCUGGUUGUCGGGUUGCAUUCAGAUCAGAGCUCGGGGUCUGGAGAGGGCCCCUCUUGCACAGUCACUAGAGGCUUCCUGAGAGAGGCGGGGAGCUGUGGGUAGGUGGCUGCUUGCGGCCGUUGCAGCCAGAGCCAAGAGCUGCAGGGGCUCCCGCCCGGGUCGGGCACUAGGUGUGUUCCUGUGGGACUCGUGCUGGCACCCGCCAAGGUAGGGCUGUGGCCAGGCCAGCAGCUGUGGGAGGUCGGGUUCUCCCUGGAUCUAAGGAAGGGUUGUAUGGAAGCUCAAGCUACCCACCGGUGAACGGGGCCACUGGAGGGGGCUUCGUGUCACUGGGGGUGUGUUAGCAGUGGCUUGUCACCUUCUUAGCUGGGCUGAGAGAGGAGUUUCGGGAAUAGUUAGUUCUCCUCACUUUUUUUUGUUUCCAGCUCUUUAUUGGAGUGUACUUGCUUUACACUGUUGCGCCAGUUUCUGCUCAGCUCACUUUUAAGCUCUUGCAGCUGCCCUUUGGCUUGGGUUCCCUUUGGGUGCGCCACACUGCAGGCUCACAGGACACUGAGUUUGCCCUGCUGGGUAUUUUCUGCAGGGUUCUGUUAGGGACAGAGCCUCCCCAGCCCAGCCCAGCCCUGGGUAGGAGGGUGGCUCUGUUCUCAGACCUUCUGGAAAGCAGCAUCUGGGAAUGCUGCCAGUGCAGGGGUCCCAGCCAUGCCGGUGCAACCGUCAGGCUGCAUGGGGGCAAGGGCCCAGGGCUGGCCCAGCAGGGUUGCCCCUGGUGGGUUGCCUGCAGGCUGUUGAACAGAGUGCUGUGCUCUAGGCCUUGGCUGCUGUGGACAGACGGGUGGGGGCUGGGGUGUGGUGGGGGCAGUGUUGAUACUGCUGAGAAUUCAGCUUUGGCAUCCUGGGUGGGGUUUUUGAGUAUAUUUCCAAAACCCAUCAAUGUCACAUCUCUGUGCGUUUUCCUGUGACUUAUGUUAUUUAUAUAUUUAUUUAUUUAUGCCCCGUCUUGUUCCAGAAAAGGGUUCAGGGCAGUGAUGCUUAGUUUUUGAUGUUGUCUUUUGACUUUUGAUAAGUUUUCGUCAACAUGCACUUGUUAAACAGGUAGUUUUGAAAAGAAACUAAUGUUGAAUAUGUUUCUGGUAUCAGGCCUAAGUGCCGUCAUUUUAAUUUUUUCCCCUUUCCUCCGUGAAUUGAUUCUUCAAAUGCAAGGUUCAUACAAAAGCAGAAAGAGAGGAACAUGCAGCCAAGGUCAGACUGAGCAAAGGAAGCCCUGCCCUGGAGAGAAGGGCUCUGCUGUGCUUGCUGCCUCCUGCCUGGCCUGGAGCAGGUCCUGUCCCCAGGGAGGCUGUGCUCUCACACGCACGCCUGGGAUCUUGCCACGCCUUUUCCGUGGGGCUUUAGUGAGGACACGAGAGAAUGUAUGUGAAAGCACUUUGCACUUAAGCCGUCCCUGUGACAUGUACACUGCUGUCUCUGUGAGUGUGGUCUCUCUUCUCUGUGGAUGUGCCUUUGAGGUGAUGAUGGUGCUGGGCCAGCCUGUGACCUUGGUGGUUGGCAGGGCCUCGUGCCCCAGAGGGUAGCAGGGGUCACGGCACCCACGGCAUAGGCCUCCUGUGCAGGUUGGAAGUACAGGGACACACGUUAAAUAAUACAGGAAGUCAAGUUCAUUCAACUUAAAGGGUUGUCUUUUAUUCUGAGAUUAUGUCCUUCCUAAUUUGGGUGAUAAAAUGUCCUCUUAUGUAAUGAAGGUCAUACUAGAGGGCAAUAUUUUUAUUGUUUAAAAACGCUCUUGGUUCCAGAAUAAAAUGUUAGCUGCCCUUUGUCAAAGCCCAGAACUUCUUUUUAAGUUUGCUAGUCUUUGAAAUCCAGCAUUGGGACCCGCAGUCUAGCUAGAGUGUAUGUUUAUGUGCUGAAGAAUUCCUCUCAGAGUCUUAAAAUAGCCUGCAUGUGGCUGAAGGAGAGCCCAGCGCCUCCUCUGCCUGGUGGUCCAAGGACAAGCUCUGGGUCACUGUGUGCGCCCUUAGGAAGUGCGUGCCUGUGUUCUGCCCACGGCAGAGAAUGUCCCUGUGGUGAUGGGCCUCUCGCCGCCCCUGAGUCCCUGAGAGACACUCCUGGGAGGUUAGUGUGGCCUGCUCAGCGAGGCUGCCCUCACCUCAGGCCUGGGCACCUGAGGCACCCCCGAGGGUUGGCGAUGGCGCUGGUGGUGGGCCUUCAGGUGUCGGGGCUGCCGGCUCCUGCCCCUGCCCCCUCGGCUGCCCUCCAGGCACUCAGCGGCCAGUGCCGGGUGGUCUGGAUUCCCUGCCAGCUCGGUGCUCCCUCCUGGAAGUGCCACAUUUGGCCACAUGACCGGUCUCUCCCUUGCUCACUCAUGCCUCACUUCCCUUCUCACCACCCCUGCCCCUAGCCCGACUCCCUUGACGUGGAAUAAAGUAACUGAUAUGCGCACGCGUGGUUAGUGGGAUCGUGUCCUAGGAGAAUCCCGCGGGAGGGAUGUGCAGAGUUUGAAGUGCAGCGAUGUGCGGAGUAUACGCUGUAAAUUCUAGGAAGACAGUCUGAUGGAGAAGUGAGGCAGGGGAAAGGUGACUUCUGUUGCCUUAACUUGUAAUUGCUCAGUGUCUGGAAUGCAUGGGGAUCCUUUCUCUUCUGGGUUGUUUGGAUUUCAGUUCUCUCCCAGGCGAUGUCCGCGUGUGCAUACGUCGAGUUUAGUGCGGUGUUUGUGAGCACGGCUCUCCUGUGUGUGUAGCAUCAGUUUGCUGCUGUGAUUCAGCCAGCAGUGCCCCUGCUCCGCCCUGCGGUGUUUGCACAGCUCCCGCUGCUUCUGUUUGGUGUUGGGCACGUGAGGUGUGACACUCACUGGGGUCCGUGUGCCUGCACACAUGCCCGAGGGAACGCUGACCAGCAGCCCUUGGUUUCUCCGUCCUCCUUUGGUAAUGACUGUGUGCCUGCCUGCAGCAGCUGGGACCACGACUGUUCUCUGCACUUGUGUGCCUGGUUAAGAGCUUUUGGAAAUAUGAUGGACAUCUUUGAUAUGUUAUUGUAACUUUAAUAAAUGCUCUAUUCUCCUUUAAUUCCCAAAUGCCUUAAUUUUGUGGGCAGUUUAUCUCAGUGGAUAGAAGAAUUGAUCAUGUGAAAUCUUUGUAUAUGCACUUCAGGUAGAAGCAGCUGGCUCUCUGGAAAGUUUCUAAUGAUUCACAGAGAAGGGCUUAUCUAAAACAGGAGUAUUAAACAGCUCUGGGGGACCCUGGUGCUCUGAGGAGGCACCCAGAAUGUUGCACAGGUUUAAGCUGAUGGGUGAGUGUGCUUUACUUAGUAGGGUUUCUAAUUGGAAGAGAGUGUGCCCCUAAAAGUGUCUGAAACACAUGGCUUUCAGUCAGGGUGACAGUGUCCCUACAGUGCUCUGUCGGGUGGGAAGGUGGUGGAGACUGUGGGCCCCUGUUCUGUGUGACUUAUUCUGACAGUGGGAGGGUGAGGUGUGAAGCUUUGGGAAUGAAUGAACUAAAUAAAGCAUU